AUGCGAGCUACAGAACGCCUUUGGCAGCACGCGCUGCGAGUUACACUGUUCUCGCGGCCAAACUGUUCGCUGUGCGUGGACGCCAAAGAAGUGCUCUCGAAAGUAUGGGACAAGCGCCAUUUUGAGUAUCGUGAGAUGGAUGUGAUGCGUCACAAAAGAUGGAAGGACUUGUACGAGUUCGAUGUGCCAGUGGUGCACUUUGAUAGAAAGGCUGGCGGCAAUGAAGACUUCGAGACAACAGCGCAAGCUCGGAAGCUCAUGCAUCGCAUUAACGAGACCGAGGUACAGUCUGUCAUGGAUGAGGUCGAGAAAGCAGAUUGA